AUGGAUAAGAGUCAGAAAAUUAACCCAGUUCCCUUUUUUUCUCUUGGUUCAUCAUCUACAUUUCUUCAUAACUUGCACAUGAUUCCAACUAUGGACAUGGCCAAACUAUUUGCUUCACAUGGUGGUGUGAAAACAACCAUAAUCACCACUCCUCUUAAUGCCCCUAUCUUCGCCAAAGCAAUCCAAACCACCAAAAAUAUGAGUAACCAUAUCGCUAUCAGUGUCAUCAAAUUCCCUGCAGAGGAAGCUGGCUUGCCCGACGGAUGCGAAAACGUCGAUCAAAUCCACUCGGAAGAUAUGGUUCCCAACUUCUUCAAGGCCACCACAAUGCUCCAAGGACCACUUGAGCAUGCCAUAGAAGAAGGCCAUCCCGAUUGCCUUGUCGCGGAUAUGUUCUUCCCUUGGGCAACCGAUAUUGCAGCCAAAUUCAACAUUCCUAGACUUGUUUUUCAUGGAACCAGUGUUUUCGCUCUAUGUGCUGGGGAGAACAUGAGACUCUACAAGCCUCAGAAGAAUGUCUCAUCAGACUACGAGCCCUUCAUCGUGCCUAACCUUCCUCACGAGGUUAAGAUAACUAAAAUGCAACUAGCAGAUCAUGACAAAGAAGAUAUUGAGACAGACUUUAGCAAGUUGUUAGAUAAAGCUAUAGAGACAGAGAUGACAAGCUUUGGAGUUGUAGUUAACAGCUUCCACGAGCUUGAACCGGCUUAUGCUGAUCAUUACAGGAGGGUUUUGGGCAGGAAGGCAUGGCACAUAGGUCCGGUAUCGCUAUGCAAUAGAGAAGUUGAAGACAAAGCACAAAGAGGGAAAGAAACAUCCAUUGACAAACUCGCGUGCUUGAAAUGGCUAGACUCAAAGAAGCCAAAUUCGGUUAUUUAUGUAUGCUUCGGAAGUGGUGCCGGCUUUGCUACGUCCCAAUUAUAUGAGAUUGCAAUGGGGCUUGAAGCUUCAGGACAAGAAUUCAUUUGGGUUGUGAGAAGAGCCAAGAAUGAAGACGACAACGAAAAUUGGUCGCCGGAAGGAUUUGAAGAGAGAACGAAAGAUAAGGGUCUAAUAAUAAGAGGAUGGGCACCUCAAGUGUUGAUUCUUGAUCACGACGCGGUGGGAGGUUUUGUGACUCACUGUGGAUGGAACUCGACGCUUGAAGGAGUGUCUGCCGGAGUGCCAAUGGUGACAUGGCCGUUCUUUGCAGAUCAGUUCUUUAAUGAGAAGUUGGUGACAGAGAUUUUGAAAAUAGGUGUUUGUGUUGGAUCUGAUCAACAAUGGAAGAGGGGGGCAAUUGAUGGCGUGAAAAGUGAAGCGAUAGAGAAUGCAGUGAAGGAGAUUAUGGUGGGUGAAGAAGCCGAGGAGAGGAGAAGAAGAGCAAGGACACUUAAGGAGAUGGCAUCGAAGGCUGUUGAAGAAGGUGGAUCAUCUCACACUGAUUUGAAUGCUUUGAUAAAAGAACUGAGUGCUUAUCAAGUGCAAGAAUAUAUGGAAACCUGA